UCUCCAAGCAUUUGCGCUGUCGAUGCACAUCUGGAGAGCGGGUUCGUUCUGAAUUUGAAACAAAACUGCCUCCUCCAGCAGCACGCGCAGUAGAUUAUCUGACAUUAACAGCGCGGAGAGCGGCACACUGUCUGACCUGAGAUCAGUCCGCUAAACUUCACUCAUCUGAUCCGUGUCAGCGUCACAGAAAGAGUGUGAAGUAGAACUGCAACCCGAGCCGUCGUCGGUGGACUGCACAGCCCGGCUGCGGCAGUCCCAACAGCUGGAUGAGGGCUGGAAACAUCUGCAGCGCCUGUUCCGGAGUGCGUAAAAUGAAGCUUGUCCUGGAUGAAACAUCCCAGAAAUGACGCAAAGCAGCUUGCGUGCAGCACGGGCUGAUGUGACAUGAUAAUAGGAACCCUUUGUCUUGAUUUAAAAUAUCAUCCGUAACAGUUUACCUUGAGCAGGAAUGAAUCAGAUGGCAUUUUCCUCUGAGGAGCUGCGUUCUCUCCCACCGAGACCACCGAUUUUACCUGCAGCUUCACCAAAGAGGCGGUUUGUCAAGUUGGGAAGGAAGACAAGUGAUGGCUCUCAGCAAUCGGCUUCAUCCACUGGCAGCUCAUCCACCAGCAGGUCAGCCGAGUGCGUUGCAGUCAGACAGCCAAGCAAGAGCCGCAUCCGUCGCCAUACCAACCGCCUCUCAGGUGUCUUCCACCGCGGCCCCACCUCCAACUCAGGCUCCAUGGCGCUGACAGCAGGCAUCAGGUCCUCAAUGUCCAUCAGGAAGGGAAGCAUGAUCUCUACAGAUGUUUUAAAAGCAGACGACCCAUCUGAGCUAUCCAAUCAGAUAACUGCUCCAGGAAUCCUGAAGAUCUUUGGAGAUGAAAUCUGUGAGGGAGCUCACUAUAAGAGCGUCCUGGCCACCACACACUCCAGUGCAAAAGAGCUAGUCAAAGAGGCCCUUGAACGGUAUGGUCUGGGCAAGGAGGAGGCAGAGUCCUACAUACUCUGCGACACCAUCGGCUCUAUUAGCAGUCAUCAGUGGAGGACAGAAGGCUUCCGAGUUGUGGGCGACAACGAGAAGCCCCUCCUCCUGCAGUCUCUAUGGAAACCCAGAGAAGGCCUGGCGAGACGGUUCGAAAUCCAGAGGAGACGCUUGGUGGAAGAGAAGACGUCCAAAGACAAAGACACCAUUACUGCUGGGAUCAACGCCCAGGCUCGAAAGCUGCAGAAGAGCCGCUCCAGAGUGACCUCCACCCUCAUAGAGAGGACCACAGGGCGAAGCCACAAACUGUGGAGGAGCAAAAGUGAGAUGGACCUCUUAGAUUCUGAUACAGAGACCAAACAGGACGCAGAUCGUGAUAAGUGUCAUAAAGAUCGAAGCGAGAGCCUGAAUCAAACUCCAGUGCACAGUUUCGAGCAGCCAAAAACAAGCCCGGGACAGAAUCACAUUCACAUGCUCGCAGUUCCCUCAGAGGGGGACGGUGGGUCGCGGGCAAAAACAGAGACCCUCUGUCCGUCGAGGCCAAGGGGCGAGCGCGAAGGAGAGGAGUCAGAGAGGGAGGAGACGGAGAGCAGCGACGAUAACACCACACAGUACUCCAUUCACCCUCCUCACGACUGUCCAUACCUGCUGUUGCUGCAGGGCUGCAGCCUCGCACAGGACUUUGUUAUCUACCUACUUGCUGGGCCAAACAUUGUACUUGGUCGGCUAAGUGAUCACGAAGACGGGUCAAAGCCUGACAUCCUUCUCUUUGCCACUGACAUCCUUCCGAAACACUGCUGUUUCCAGCGCCACGGCGUUGGCAGCCUCACCACGCUCUGCCCAUGUCAGGACGCCGUGGUCACCAGGAAUGGCGAAGUGCUGAGAAAAGAAGUGCAGCUUAACCCUGGUGAUGUCAUUGGGUUGGGACAGCGCUACCUGUUUCUUUUCAAGGAUCCGUUAGAUUUGAGACACAAGGAAGUGAACAGUGCUGCUCCUGAGCCCAGCACUACUGCUGUCCCCUGGAUGCUGGGUCAUACCACUUCUGCCACUACAACAAGCCAUACUGGAGAAAUGAUCCUCUGCAACACCUGCUUCACAACCUGCACUGACCAACAGGGAUCCAGCAGCAAACAGUCCCAAGACAGAGGCCUUCCCUUUUUAAAAUCACCUGAAGGCCACAGCCUGACUCUGACAUAUGAGAGUGAGGAUGAGGAUCGCAUUGUCAAGGAGAUAGUUGCUACAGGAAGCAGCAGCGUCAGAGCCAGACCACCACUGACUGUUGCAUUUCUGCUGUGCCUGUGUGUUCAGUAUUCGGCCACCGGUCUUCAUACCUCAGACCUGCGCAGGCUGCUGUUGCGUAUCGCCAGUGGAGUUCAGAGUGCCAUGUGGGAGCACACUAAGGACUUAGCUGCAGUACAACCUGAAGUUCUCAACGGUGAAGGCUCAGCCCCUGAGGACCUCCAGGCUCUCAGUCUGCAUGAGGUGAUCUCAGGACUGCGCCCCCUGGUGGUGUGGAUGUCCAACAGUCUGGAGCUGCUGCAGUUCAUCCAGUUCCAGCUGCCUCUUAUUCUGGAGUGGAGAACCCAAAAAGAGCAGGGACAGGAAGAUGAAGAAGAAAGGGAAGAUGGGGAGAACAUGGAGAGGGAGAACUUGGCCCUGUUGGAUUUACGUCUGUCCUGUGUCCGUUCAGCCAGUGAGGAGACAAUUGCUGUCCUGGAGGAGGUCAUCAUGCUCGCCUUCCAGCAGUGUGUGUACUACAUCACCAAGGUCCUCUAUCCCAUCCUGCCGGGCCUUCUGGACUGCAACCCGUUCAGGAAGAGCCCUGAGGUGACUGGCGAGAGCGAUCGGGUCCUGGGUAGUGGUGGUCUGCAGGUCCCUGGUGAGAUCCAGCAAUUUGUGGAGGUUCUCACCGACAAAUGGAGACUGCUGUCGGACUGUCAGCUCCACCCAGAGAUUGCCUCACAACUCAUUGGCUACCUCUUCUACUUCAUUAACGCAUCACUCUUCAAUUCACUCAUGGAGAGAGGCUCUGAGCCAGGUUUCUACCAGUGGUCUAGAGGCGUACGGAUGCGGGCCAAUCUCGACAUACUCCUGGACUGGGCCCACGCAGCUGGACUGGGAGAACUGGCCUCGGAGCACACACACACACUCUCGUCGGCUAUCAAUCUGCUGGCUACGCCUAGAAAGAAUUUACUGCAGACAUCUUGGGUGUCCCUGCGGUCUGACUACCCUGCUCUGAGUCCGGCCCAGCUGAACCACCUGCUGAGUCUUUACAGUCCAGCGUCUCCCUGCAAACACAACUGGACUCCAUCUGUUCAGGAGCAGGCUGCAGCACACAAAACUGCUGAUAUCCUGGAGAGUUUUGACACCCACCAUCCUCUGGUGCUGCCAGAUGGGGGUUACCAGUUCCAACUGGGAAGGGAGGUAACUGAUUCAGCCCUGAGGGAACAGCUGGACAGGCUCAAAGACUUCAUUUCUACCCUUUUAGACUCACAUUCGGAUAAGGUCACAGCUACUGAGGAACAAAAGGGUGGUGUCAUUCCCAUGGAGGCCAAACUGACUAAGAUGGAUAUCCUUCCAAAAGCCAGUCUGGAAACCUUACCAGUUGAGAUCGUCUCAUCUCAGCCUACUGCCGAUGACCCCCCGUCCCCUUCUACUACCUCUGGUGCCUUACCCCCAUCACCCCCAUCACCAUCCUCUCCUUCCUCCAUCCAGUACCUGGAUGAGUUCAACUCCUGUGGUGCCCUCCUUUUGUCCCAGAAGCUGAAAAAUCUAGAGCUGCAGACCAGAGAGACUGAGAUUAGGAGGUCAGCUCUGGACCCCUCCUGUCUCCUCACCCCACCCAACACCCCCCACAUCAUAGAUACCGUUGAUUCGGUGAAGGUAUGCAAGGAUGAAUGGGUGAAGGGUGACAGUGAGACACUUCCCUGGUCCUCUGGUGUAGACGCACAUGAUGAAGGUGGAUUAGUGUUUGAAUGUCUGGCUGCGCUGAAAGUAGACCGCCCCAGUGUUAAUAGAUUUAUUGAACUAAAAGAGGAAGAGGAGGAGCAGGAGGAGGAAGAGGUGUAUGACCAUUACGAUGACAAUAACGAUGAGCUUUUUAGCUUGGAGCUGGAGCGAGGUGAAAGAGGACUUGGUCUUGCUCUGGUUGACACAAGGGAGUCUUCCUUGAGGGUGAAGGGCAUCUUCAUCCGUGCGGUGGUCCCCGACUCUCCUGCUGCCCGGUGUGAGAAGCUGGCACCUGGGGACAGGAUCCUGGCUGUUAAUGGAGUCAGUCUGCUUGGACUGGACUACCAGAGUGGAAAGGAGCUGAUCCAGUCAUCAGGUGACAGGCUGAGGUUGCUGGUGGCCAGGUCUGACUGGAUGGCUAAGGCUAUACAGAGUGAAUGCUGACACCAUUUCACUGCCGUUUUUUUAAAACCACAGAUGACUUAAAGAUGACUAUAAGAACUUGUUGAACAUUCAAGUUCAGGACAUGGACCUUAAUAUAAGGAUAUGGGUGUUAAGAAGACAUAAGUGCACUAUAAGAUGAGCUACGUCCUGGGGGAACUGAGUACCAGGUUUUAGCCGCUCAAUGUAAUUGAUAGUAAUGACUGACGUGUAUAUUUGAUGCUGUGUUCCAGUGAAUACAGCAUUGUGAUUUUAAACUGAGAAGAGUUUGAGUGCAGGGGUAUACCAUUCACACUGCACUUCUGCUCCAGAGCAGGGCCAGCAAGCCCGAGGCCAGUGGUUCCCAACCUUUUUCCUUAAGGGACCCCUUUUCUAUCAUUAAGUAAACUGACAACCCUGAUAUAAUAAAAAAAAUAAUGUUUAUACAACUCUCUCUCUGUAUUGACUUUUUGUUUUUUUAACAAUCAUACUUACUUAAUAGGCUUCUGUUUUGACAUGAACUAACAGAACUAACAGAAAUGAACUAAAUGCCCAGAUAUAGGCCUACUGUGAACAUUUUUAAGUAUUCUUACACCCUUUAAACCCCCUCAUGAAGCUUUGGUGGCAUUUGUGGGGGUCCCGACCCCAAGGUUGAGAACCAUUGCCCUUGAUUAAAGUCGGGGUUAGCCCACUUUGGAAUGUGUCGGAUUGUGCCAGUGUGAAAGCUUUCUCCGCCUGGGGCUAAGUGCAGUGUGAAAAGCCCUUAUACACCGAUCAGCUUCUGACCACCUGUGCACCCUGGUGGUCAGAAUGUUCUGCAGCCCCAUACCAACAAACUGUAAUGCACUGUGUGUUCUGACACCUUUCUAUCAGAACCAGCAUUAACCUUUUAAGCAGUUUCAGUUACAGUAGCUCAUCUGUUGGAUCGGACCACACAGGCCAGCCUUCACUCCUCACGUGCAUCAGUGAGCCUUGGCCCCCCAUGACCCCGUCGCCAGUUCACUGGUUUUCCUUCCUUGGAUCACUUUUGACCACUUUUGACCGGAAACAUCCCACAAGAGCUGCAGUUUUGGAGAUGCUCUAACCCAGCCUUUAAGGACAAAAUGUUCACUUGCUGCCUGAUAUAUCCCACCCACUGACAGGAGCCAUGAUUACCAGAUAAUCAGUGUUAUUCACUUCUGUCUGUCAGUUCUCAUGGCUGUGUUAUGGCUGAUUGGUGUAUGUGUUUGGUAUGGUUGGGUUCUGGUUGUUGUUUUCUAGACUCCACUGUUCAAAGCCUUAGUCCUUAAGCCAGUGGCAGAUGAAUACUUGUCUAAUGACUGACUGUUUCCAAUCCCAAAGAUUUCCAUACAUUCCCCCUGAAGGCCACCACUACAAAGACCACAGGAACAAAAUACCACUUGCAACAACAACCAGGAUAAUGCAGAACAUUUCCAAGAAACCUCUGCAUGUGAGGGCAUCAACCAAGGUGGUGCUAUUAGGAGCAUGGCCUGCAGAGGCCAGUACAUAUAGAUGCUUGCACAAAAAAGAUUAGCUUCUACAAACACAGCCCUUUGCCUCAGUUACACAACUUACUAAUCAGAACUGAUUGGGUCCAGCCAUUGACAGUAUGUAUAAGGAUCCACCAGAGAGGAUGGGAGGAGAAAAUGAGGAAACUAAAGUCUCAGCCCAUUGUAAUGUUGGUCUGAAAUUAAGUCACUGCAACACUUUGUCAUUUGUUUGAAAAAUAACAAACACCAACUGAGGUGUAAUAGCACUAGCAUUCUUGAAUUUAGUUUCAUCUGGAUAUGAUUAUUUGAUAUGUGAUGGCUGUUACAUGUUCUUGUUGAUUUAUGAUUGUCUGAAAAAAUGAACUAUAAAAACUUACUGUCACAUUUUUUAAGUGUUUCUUCACUAACCAGAUGGCUUAUUUUCAUGAUCUCAUUUUCCAGGUUGGUCCAUACCCACAGAAAGUCCACCAGUUCAUUCUUCCUGUAGGCUAGGCUUCAGAUUUUAUUGUUAUUGGUUUUUUUUUAUUAAUUACCUAGCUUUUAAAGCUGUUUUUAUUGUUAGCUCAUGUCUGUUGUGUUUCACCAAUAAAUACAUGUUAAUACUC